AAUAUCAACAUGCAGUUUUAACUUAUAUGAAUGCAAACAUGAGAGCCGUUACAAUUUUUAUCAUUGGGUUUCUUACUCUUGCAGCCACUGGCAUUACCUUCUGUGAUGGAAAGUCCAGUGUGCUUUGUAUCGAGAGCGAGAGACAAGCCCUUUUAAAGUUCAAGCAAGAUAUCAUUGAUCGUUCAAACAGGCUAUCUGCUUGGGCUGAUGGUGGGGAUUGUUGCAACUGGGUUGGAGUUUCCUGCGACAACUUGACAGGUCAUGUCUACAAGUUGGACUUGAGGCCUUCUUCAAUUUCUGAUUAUGCAUCAGAUGCUGAAAUCGGAGUUUAUUGGCGCACAAUGCUGAGAGGAAGAAUAAAUCCUUCUUUGCUCUUGUUGAAGCAUCUAAGUCACCUAGACCUAAGUCUAAACAACUUUGGUGGCCUGCAGAUUCCACAAUUUCUUGGUUCAAUGGAGAGUUUAACAUAUCUUGACCUCUCUAAAGCAGGAUUUGGAGGAGCUCUUCCUCACCAACUCGGAAAUCUCUCAAAGCUGCAGCAUCUUAAUCUCGGAGUUACUAAUUUUCGUUACCGGUUGGUUGAAGCUAGGAAUCUUCAAUGGCUUUCCGGUCUUUCUUCCUUGCAGUAUCUUGAUUUGAGUGGAGUGGACCUUAGCAAAGCAACUGAUUGGCUGCAGGUAACCAACAAACUUCCUUCUUUGGUAGAGUUACAUUUGUCAGCUUGCUUUCUUGAUAACGAUCCUUCACCAAUCACUGUUAAUUAUACAUCUCUUUCCACACUUGAUCUUUCUAACAACUACAUAUCUCCUUCUGUACCUAUGUGGAUUUUCAGUCUUGGUAGUCUUGUUUCCCUUGAUCUGAGUGUAAAUUCUUUCGAAGGUCUUAUUCCCAAUAGCUUUCAAAACAUGUCAUCUCUCAAAUUUCUUGAUCUUUCCAUAAACUCGUUCAAUUCAUCGAUACCUGGUUGGUUGUUUAGUUUGAACCAUCUUGAAUUUCUCAGUCUUAGAGGUAACCUUCUGCAAGGCAAAAUCCCGACUGCCAUUGGAAACCUGAGUUCCAUCAUUAGCCUUGAUUUGGCAGGAAAUCAGCUUGAAGGAAUACUACCGACUUCUGUGGAAAAUCUUUUCAAUUUGAGGCAACUUGAUCUGUCUGAUAACAAAAUUGAUCAGGAAACAUCAGAAGUUUUGCAGAGCUUGUCUAGAUGCUGUUCAGAUGACUUGAGGUCACUGAAUAUGGCAAAUAACAAUCUCACAGGCCAUUUAUCUGAUGAACUUGGACAAUUUAAAAGUCUAUCUAACCUGUUUCUGUCUCAAAAUUCCAUUUCUGGUCUCAUUCCAGCCUCCUUAGGAAACCUAUCAUCUUUAAAAUAUAUUGAUAUUUCAGACAAUCAAUUAGAUGGCAGCCUUCCUCAAAGUCUUGGACAACUCAUGAGCUUGGAAUACUUAAACAUUGCUUAUAAUCUGUUGGAUGGUGUUGUAUCAGAAGUUGUCUUUUCUAAUCUCACUAGACUGAGAGUUUUUAAGGCAACUCAAAACAAGUUGAAAUUUGAAGCAAAGUCAAGCUGGGCUCCUCCUUUUCAAUGUCAAACUAUUGAAAUGGGUUACUGGUUUCUUGGCCCAAAAUUUCCAACGUGGCUUCAAUUUCAAACGGACUUGUCUACUUUAGACAUAUCCAGUGCAGGAAUUUCAGAUGUUGUCCCCUCUUGGUUUUGGAACUUUACUCCUAAACUGGUGUCCCUGAAUAUUUCUCAUAACCAGCUUGAAGGGGAGAUCCCAUUUUUGUCAGUACAUAAAUUGGUUGAUUUGAGAUCCAACCGGUUCACAGGCCCUUUGCCACGCGUGCUCCCUGAUGUGGCAACCUUGUUUUUCUCUAACAAUUCUUUUUCAGGAUCCCUGUCACAUUUUUUAUGUGAUUACGAAUUAGGUGAACCAAAAUUGUUUCUCCUUCAACUCGAGACAAAUCUUCUAUCGGGAGAUAUUCCAGAUUGUUGGGAGAACUGGCGAGGCAUCCAAGUCUUAAAUAUGGGAAACAAUAACCUGACUGGGAAGAUUCCAGACUCUUUGGGAUCCUUGGGUUUUAUGUUUCUAAAUCUUCGGAAUAAUAAGCUGUCCGGAGAGCUACCAUUGUCCUUGCAAAAUAAUACUCGCUUGUUUAUGCUUGAUGUUGGUGAAAAUCAAUUCAGUGGAAGCAUUCCAAAAUGGAUGGGUGAAAGUCUCUCAAAUCUUGUGAUUCUAAGUCUGCGUUCAAACUCUUUUGCUGGCCAUAUCCCUGAGGAGCUUUGUCAGCUCAGUUCUCUUCAAAUCUUAGACCUUGGGGAUAACAAAAUCUCGGGAGCCAUACCAAAAUGCUUUAAGGACUUCACUGCCAUGGCCACAAAACCAAAUAACACUGAUGCAGUCAUUGACUUCUUCGUUGAGGGGGAGUUCAUAAGGAGUGAGUUGUUGGUGAUGAAAGGAAGAGUGAACGAAUACAGCACCACACUAUCCCUUGUUACCACCAUGGACCUGUCAAACAACAAUCUAGUCGGAGAGAUCCCCAAAGAACUAGCAAGUCUUGCGGGGCUGCAGUUUUUGAAUUUAUCAAGAAAUUCCUUCACAGGAAGGAUACCUGACCACAUUGGCAACAUGAGGUUAUUAGAAUCUCUUGAUUUUUCCAAGAACCAUCUGCAGGGUUCAAUCCCUGCAAGCUUCUCCAAUUUGAAUUUCUUGAGUCACUUGAACUUGUCUUACAACAAUUUGAGAGGAAGAAUACCAACAAGCACCCAACUCCAAAGUUUUGACAGGUUCUCAUACAUCGGCAACCAACUUUGCGGACCCCCUGUCACUGAAAACUGCAGCGGAAAAAUUGAAACACCUACGAAUGUUACAAAUGAAGGUGGUCAUGAAGAAGAUGAGGGGUGGUUUGAAAAGUAUGGGAUUUAUGUAACUGUUGUGCUCGGAUAUGUGGUGGGGUUUUGGGGUGUGGUAGCUCCUUUGUAUUUCAUCAAGUCUUGGGGAUUGGCUUACUAUGAAAAGGUGGACGCCAUUGGCCUUAAGCUUUCCAAUUUAUGGGGUAGACUGGUACCUAAUUGCACUUAAUUGAUAGUGUUGAGGAACCAGGGACACUGUGCUUUAGGCCCCAUUUUCCAAGAACUUUCUCCAGUGCUCAAGAGUCCAGUGAGUCCAUAGACAGCAUGGGAGCCAGCCCAACAGCAAAACUUUUUUAGCUUCUUUGUUGUGUAAAGCAGUUUUAUUAUUUAUGUUUUCG